CGACGAUAAUACAUACUCUGUUUCUGGGUCUUUUCAUACUCCUUUGCCCAUCUGCAACUUCCCCCGCCCAACUCUAAGGACAAAGCGCAAUAAUGUCCGGCGCGGGGAAUCUUUUCCGCUCCGAGGAGAUGUCGCUCAUCAAGCUGUACAUCCCUCUGGAAAUUGCGCAACCGACGGUCUCUGAGCUUGGUGAACUUGGCCAGAUUCAAUUCCGCGAUUUGAACCCAAAUGUCAAUGCUUUCCAAAGAGCGUUUGUCAAUGAAAUUCGACGUUUGGAUGAGAUGGAGCGGAAGUUACGCUUCCUUGAAGGGCAAAUACGCAAAGCAGAGGUCAUCUCUCGACCCCUCGACAGCAGCAUGUACUAUGGUCGAUCUAGGACACAACAAGAAAUCGACGAGUUGGAGGAGCGUUUGAACGAGCACGAGGGCCGUGUACAGCAAAUGAACACAUCUCUCGAGACUCUCAACAAGCGAUACCUUGAAUUGACGGAGCUCCGUCAUGUUUUGCGGGAGACGGCCAUGUUCUUUGAUGAGGCCACAUCGCGCACCGACGAUAUUCUCGGCAAUGCUCAUAGAGAGGACACAGAGCUGCUGUCUCCAGCGGGAGUGAUGGAAAAUGCUGACGACGGAGAAGCCGCGGAGCGUGGUGAGGGAGCUCUUCGCUCAGCAAACCUGGGUUUCGUCGCUGGUGUCAUCUCUCGUGGCCGUAUGGGUACCUUCGAGCGCAUUCUUUUCCGAGCUCUCCGUGGAAACUUGUACAUGAACUACGCGGAGAUUGAUGAGCCAAUCACGGACCCUAUUACGGACGAGAUUGUGCAGAAAAACGUUUUUAUCAUCUUCGCGCAUGGCAAGCAGCUCCUUGCGAAGAUCAAAAAGAUUUGCGAGAGUAUGGGAGCCACUGUGUAUCCGGUGGAUGAACGCUCUGAAAAGCGCCGUGAUGAUGCUCAGGAAGUUCUCGGACGGUUAGAGGAUCUCAAGCAUGUGUUGGACAACACUCGGAACCAGCGCAGAAUCGAACUGGUAAAGGUCGCUGAAAACCUGGAGUCUUGGUCCACAGUGGUGAAGAAGGAAAAGGCGAUUUACCACACCAUGAAUCAAUUCAACUACGACCAAAACCGCAAGGCUUUGAUCGCUGAGGGCUGGUGCCCAACCUUGUCGCUCAAUGCCGUGCACUACGCUCUGCGAGGAGUAACGGAACGCACGGGCUCCACCAUUCCACCUAUUUUGGACGAGCUUCGCACUCGCCUGGAUCCUCCGACAUUUCAUCGAACAAACAAGUUCACAAACGCUUUCCAGGAGAUCAUUGACGCGUACGGAGUGGCGGCCUACCGCGAGGUCAAUCCUGGACUAUUCACUGUGACGACGUUCCCCUUCUUGUUCGCCGUCAUGUUCGGUGAUUUCGGACACGGAAUCCUCGUCACCGCCUUCGCAGCCUGGAUGGUAGCGAAGGAGCGUGAACUUGAGAAGAAGAAAUGGGGAGAAAUUUGGGCUAUGUUCUUUGGAGGCCGUUACAUGAUUCUGCUCAUGGGAAUCUUCUCGAUCUACACGGGGUUGAUUUACAACGAUAUCUUUUCGAAGGCCAUGACUUUGUUCAGCUCUGGCUGGGAGUUCGAACACAAUGUGCAUACCGGAAAGUGGCAUGGAGUCAAAAGAUGGACCUACCCGAUUGGUGUUGACCCUGCUUGGCACGGUUCGGAGAACUCUCUCCUCUUCACCAACUCCUACAAAAUGAAGAUGGCGAUUAUUUUUGGUGUGUUACAUAUGUCAACCGCCAUCUGCCUCAACGUUUGCAACUACGUCCACUUCAACAACCGGUCCAGCAUCUACCUUGAGUUCAUCCCUCAGCUCACAUUCUUGCUCAGCAUCUUCGGGUAUCUCGUCAUCCUCAUCAUCUACAAAUGGGCCACUGUCUGGCCUGGAGGCGACGCGCCUGGGCUGCUGAACACCCUGAUCUACAUGUUCCUCUCGCCUGGUAGUGUCAGCGAACGAGAUAAGCUAUUCAAUGGGCAGGCUGGUCUUCAAAGCUUCCUGCUACUCGUUGCGUUCGUGUGCGUCCCGGUGAUGCUGUUUGGAAAGCCUUACUACUUGAAGAAAGAGCACGAGAAACGUGGCGGCCUAGGCUACGCCGGCCUUCUUGAAGACCAUGGAGCCGACCCAAAUGCGGCGGGUUUUGCCGCCGGACCCGGCGACACACGGCCGUCUGAAGACAACAGCGGCAGCAGCUCUGGACAUACCGAGAUGUCUGCGGAGGGCCACGGACAUGGCCAUGGGGAGGAGUUCGACUUCAGCGAAGUCAUGAUCCACCAGGGCAUUCACACCAUCGAAUUCUGCUUGGGAGCGAUUUCCAACACUGCCUCAUACCUCCGUUUGUGGGCUCUAUCUCUCGCUCACGCCCAAUUGUCCGAAGUGCUAUGGACCAUGAUUCUCGGAAAUGCGUUUAAAAUGAAAGGCGGCAUGCUUCCCAUCGCCUUGUUCAUCGGGUUUGCGUUCUGGUUCAGUCUCACGGUUGCAAUCUUGAUCAUCAUGGAGGGCCUGUCAGCUUUCCUCCAUGCCCUCCGUUUGCACUGGGUCGAGUUCAAUAACAAGUUCUAUGCGGGAACGGGCAAGAAGUUCAUGCCUUUCGCCUUCAAGACCAUUCUCGAGGACACGGAGGAAUAAACUUGAGUUUCAGAUUAUUGCGAGCUUUUGUUUUCGAUGAAUGUACGGAUGUACACCGUUGUCACCAUCGUUUCAUUUGAAGCUCUGAACUUUGUGCGAAAUGGGUAUCCCUGCUGUAAGAAGUGCAUGUGCAUUGGGGCAUGAGCUGCUGGAAAGUGCCUCCUCUCAUGGUUCAGCCCCUGAUCCGUCUG